AUGGCGACAAUUUACAUUGACGAAGACAUUGGCAAGGACGAGGUUCCCCAGGCCGGCACCGAGGAGUCCCCCUACAAGACGCUGCAGUUCGCCUAUCUCCAGCGUCCCGCUGAAGCCCAAUAUCUGACCCGCAAGUCGCAAGCCGAAGAUGAGGCCGCAAAGGAGUGGAAACCCGUCGCAAAGGCUGCCUUGAAGAAGGCAGUCAACUUCUUCGACGUGCAGAAGAAGAAGGCCGCCAAGGAACAGGAGCUGGUUGUCAGGCGCAAGAAGGAGGAAGAGGAGCGAGCCAAGGCCUUGGAAGCCGCCAAGGCCAUUGUCAUCACUGAGGACCCCAGUCUUCCUGCUGCGGUUCGAAUUGGGCUCGACGAGGUUGGCGAUCACAUCAAGCUCCGCAAGGUGGAUGACCCUGAGAGCAAAGGUACUCGAGUACGCGUCUUUGGUCGCGUGCAUCGAGAGCGCAAGCAAAAGGAUGUCAUGUUUGUAACACUGAGAGACGGCUAUGGCUUUAUGCAGGUGGUCAUCUCCGGCCAGCUGGCAAAGACCUACGAUGCUGUUACCCUCACCCGUGAAACCUCAAUGGAAAUUCUGGGAGAGAUGCGAGAAGUCCCUGCCGGUGCCCGGGCUCCUCUCAACCGCGAACUACACGCCGACUUCUUCAAGAUUCCCAAGCACUGGAAGGCCCCCGGUGGUGACGAUGCCAUCACCAACAGAGUUCAGGCAGACGCCGAGCAGGCCAUGCUUCUCGACCAACGACACCUUACACUUCGUGGUGAAGUCGCUUCGGGCGUCAUGAUUGUCCGCGAUGCCGUCGAGUGGGCCUUCAACCAGGCCUACAAGGAGCUGAGGUUCCGCAAAGUCAGCCCUCCCGCCCUCGUCCAGACACAGGUCGAAGGUGGCGCUACGCUGUUCAAGUUUGACUACUAUGGCGAGGACGCCUACCUCACACAAUCUUCUCAGUUGUACCUGGAGACCUGCCUGCCUUCAAUGGGUCACGUUUACUGUAUCGAGAAGUCUUUCCGAGCUGAAAAGUCUCUGACCCGACGACACUUGUCCGAGUUCACGCACGUUGAGGCUGAGCUUGACUUCAUCACCUUUGACGACCUAUUGGCACACAUUGAGCAAAUCAUGUGCCGUGUGCUCGAAUUGGUCAUGGAGGACCCCGUCGUUGCUGAAAAGAUCAAGGCCAUGAACCCCGAGUUCAAACUUCCCGAGAGGCCUUUUAUGCGCAUGAAGUACUCGGAGGCAAUCGAUUGGCUUGUUGAGCACGAUAUUCCCAACGAGGAGGGCAAGCCCCAUGCCUUUGGUGACGAUAUUGCCGAAGCCGCUGAGCGUCGCAUGACGGACAUCAUCAACAAACCCAUCUUCCUGACGCACUUCCCGGCUGAGAUCAAAUCAUUCUACAUGUCAAAAGAUCAGGAUGAUCUUCGCGUCACCGAGAGUGUUGACUGCUUGAUGCCCGGUGUUGGAGAGAUUGUCGGUGGAUCGAUGAGAAUGGACGACUACGAGGAGUUGAUGGCGGCGUACAAGCGCGAGGGCAUUGAGCCCGAGGCCUACUACUGGUACACUGAUCAGAGAAAGUAA